UAAUUAAAUUUUCUCCUUCUUGAAAAACAGAUAUGAUUACACAACCACUUUACAGAUGCUGGGGUUAGAUGAGGGCAUGGAGGAGACCAGCAGCAAAGAACUUAUCAUGAUGAAAGGGGCCUACUUGUCUCUCCUUUAUUUGCGUCAUUUAAGAAUUAGAGAACUGCAGCGCAUUUGCUUAGGAAUCCUCAACUACUUCAGAUCUAUUGAAAGAACGCUCACAAUCAGUACCUCCGGUCUGGCCUUGAGUGCUGGUAACCUGGUCUCCACUGCUGAAGAUCCUUGUUGGGUAAAUGCAGCCAAAGGAGGUAUUGGUGCCUUUGGUGGUCUUGGCUGCCACUGGUACAUGCAUUAUACACCAGCUGAUUAUAAGGUUCACAGUUUGCAAUUUAUGGAAUUUGCAGAGGUUGAAAAUCACGAUGAUUUUUACACCACAGAAGAUGCCUACAUUCACACGCAGGAUCAGCGAGGGUUUUAUGUGAUGUAUGAUGUUGCUCUCCAGGAUCUGAAAGAUCUAGAGAAGGAGCUUUUGCUUGUGGCAACACAGUACAUCGAAAUGGAGAAGGUCCACCCAGCAUGCAGUGAUUCUAGUACCAAUACUUAUUCAGGAUGGGCUCGUGCCUCUGUGGAUCGAUCUGCAAUACUGCUUGACCUUUGGACUUGUGAAAAAACUUUUUUAGAAAAUAAAUGGCAGCUUCUGGAUAGUUACUUCGAAGCUUAUCAUCAUGCUUUAGAUUCAGAAGAAAGAUUUGCUUUGGCCCAAGUAAUAACUGACAUCAUGUACCAACGCCCUCGAUUUGAUUUCCACCUUGACUAUUUUGUGAACAUCUAUAAAGAUGAGUGCAUUUGCCUAAGUCGUCACCUGCAGCUCAUAAAAGAUGUAUUGAAUAAACAGAUAGAUAACCAGCGUAAAUAUAACCAUAAGAUUUGGCGUGACAACCUCCAAGAUGGCAUCAGUGAAUAUGGUUUCCCUCCAUAUAUCAUUACAAAACAAUUAAUUGCUGUGAAUAACAGUCCUCCAGCUCUGAAGAGCAUUUAUUUGCUGGAGUUCCACCCCUCCCUUGGCCUGGUAUCUUUAAUCCCAAAAGCUUUGGAUCACAUCCUCCAGGAAUUUCAGCAAAUCUGUAGGCCAAAAACUGCCAGUGAUGUAAUGAAUCUGGAGAAACAUGUACUGCAACUUGCACUGGAUGAGUGGAUGACCAUGGAAAGCCCAGAGUCUUUUUAUGGCUCUCAAACGGCAAAAGAUUUGUUCAUGGAUGUUCUGGCUGAAGAUCCUUCUCUUGUAAGAGAGAUUGCUAUGUCAGCCCUGAAUUCUUUAACAGAGGGAGAACAGAAACAGGGCAAAGAAAAACACGUGUUUGUUGUGGAUGUUUUCUCAAGGCUUCUGGAACUUCUUACUCUUCGUCAUCGAUUGAUAGAAGCUGCAGUAGAGAGUGCGUGGCUGGGCAGACUGUACAAAGAAUUUGCAGGAGAAAUGGGUUUUGAUGAAUUUCAUUUGUACUUAAGGCCCGUGUAUUUUGAAUUUGCAAUCCACAAAGAGAAAGCUGAUCAACUCCCACCAAUAUUCAUUACUUCUCUUCUUGAGGAUGACAGUGGUGUAGAUAGAUAUAUUCCAUCUAGCUUAAUGUUAAGCAUCCAAGAUAUUGACGAUCAAAUUGGAAAAUUUAGCUUUCACACAAGAGAGAACAUUAUUCAGCUCUUACUGCCAUCUGGGAUAGAAAACUUGCAGAUUGUUCUCGCCUGCCAAAUCACUCAGAAAAAUACUCUCCUUGUUGCUGUUCAGCAAGCUGCAUUGUGCCACAUGAUGCAUCCCACACAAACUCUAGACAUGAAAGAAGGAAGCCAGAGCAUGCGGAGUCAGAGCAGCUCAGCCAGUGAAAGAAGUUCCACUGUUGGGAAUGAAACAGAAAGUCAAUUGCUGGCAACAGCACCACUGAUCUCAUAUUCCAUUGUGCGUUUUGCAGCUGGACACAGGAACUUAAAGAGACCCUCAGAAGCUUUUAUUUCAAUUCAGUUGGAGAAACAAGGUCCACGGGACAUUAUGCUGAACACAUUCAUUCAAAAGAAACAAAUACUGGGUAGCAGAAUGCAAAAUUCAGAUGAAGUUAAUAAAGUCAAAAGGAAAGUUAUUGCUGAAUACUGUCAUAAGGUUACCCAUCGUAUGUCACAAUACUCUCUUCGAAGCCAGAUCAUUGCAUAUUACAACAGUAUAAAAGCUUUGCUAGAAGAUCUCCCCAGCAUAAGAGACAAAUACUUCGUUAUAGGGUUGCCACAAGAGAAGAAAGGGGGAAAGGAGAAACUUGAGAAUGAUCCCAGGUCAUUCCAUCCACGGCCCCGUUGUUUGCUGUCUGCUGAUGGGCAAUCCUUUUUGAAUCUGUGGUUCAUCCCCUACUCCUCAGAAACUCUAUUUAUGUUUAAAAUGCUGCCAGAGAAGGUUGGCUACAAAGCCCUGAGACUGACACUGCAAAUUGUAGCAGCUUUCCAUGACAUUAUUUCUUACAUUUUCAGCUUUGCUCAACUAGGAAAUGCUCCAAACUGCUUUGACUACUUCUGUCUUGAGCAUCUAACUGCAGACUGGGGAGGGACUGAGCAGAUUGGAAUGGAGCUCCAAGAGCUACAGAAAAUGAUAGACAACCUUCAUAAUCCCUCAGAUCCAAAUGAAGUAGCCCAGAUGCUGAGUUUGCACAGAGAAAUUAUUUUUCUGCAGUUCGAUGCAGCUGUUAGACAUUCAAUGAGAAAAACAUUUUUAUCAUCUGGAAAUGUCUCUGCCUAUCAGAGUGUUACAGACAGCAUCUACCAUGGGUUACCUCCACUAAGUAACUCUAUUGUUAGAAGUGCUUUUGCUUCCCAGCUCCUGAUUCCGCAGCUGCUAGAUCCAUAUGGCCACAGAACCCUGAAGCUGUUUCCCUGGAGAGCAUUCCUAGCAAAUGGAGGUCCAUUCCCCGUCACCAUUAGCAAUCUAAAUCCCAUAAAUAAUAAUAUGCAGUUGUGUCUAUGUGGUCUGAGUGAUGAGGAUCGAAGAGUUGCUCAUGGGGAGCUGAUUGGGAUGCAGUUUGAAAUGGAGGACAUACUUUGGAAUAAUUAUGAAGUUCUGAAUGAUCAGAGAGAAUGGAGAACAUCUUUUGCAAAGAAACUGUUCUACGUUUUCCAUUUAAAUGGCUUUGGGAAAUUUUUAUGA